CUGGCCUCGGGAAAGGUGAAAGCAAGGCAAGAGAGACAACUUCAGCUUUUGAAUUAAUAUCGCACGAUACGCCGAGAAUUUGGUCACCAAGCAAUAGUAAUCAUGUCUCAGAGUGGAGAGAAGGGGAAGUUUCCUGAGGCUGCAGGGUAUGUCGGCUUUGCCAACCUCCCCAACCAGGUCCACAGGAAGUCUGUGAAGAAGGGUUUUGAGUUUACCCUCAUGGUUGUGGGAGAGUCCGGUCUGGGAAAAUCCACUCUCAUCAACAGCCUUUUCCUCACCGAUCUCUAUCCCGAACGUUAUAUACCCGGUGCUGCAGAGAAGAUCGAGCGCACGGUGCAGAUUGAGGCCUCGACGGUGGAGAUCGAGGAGAGAGGAGUCAAGCUCCGUCUCACGGUGGUGGACACGCCCGGAUACGGAGAUGCCAUCAACAGCCAAGACUGUUUUAAGACCAUCAUUCAAUACAUCGACAACCAAUUCGAACGCUACCUCCACGACGAGAGCGGCUUAAACCGCAGACACAUCGUGGACAACCGAGUUCACUGCUGCUUCUACUUCAUAUCCCCCUUUGGACACGGGCUGAAGCCUCUGGAUGUCGAGUUUAUGAAAGCCAUCCACAGUAAGGUCAACAUCGUCCCUGUCAUUGCCAAAGCAGAUACCCUCACACUGAGAGAGAGAGACAGACUCAAGAGGAGGAUCCUGGAUGAGAUCGCAGAGCACGGAAUUCGGAUCUACCAGCUGCCCGACGCAGACUCGGAUGAAGACGAAGAGUUUAAGGAGCAGACCCGCGUCUUAAAGGCCAGUAUUCCGUUUGCUGUGAUUGGCUCUAAUCAGCUGAUUGAGGUGAAAGGGAAGAAGAUUCGGGGGCGCCUGUACCCUUGGGGGGUGGUCGAGGUGGAGAACCCUGAGCACAAUGACUUUCUCAAGCUGCGUACCAUGCUAGUAACUCACAUGCAGGACUUACAGGAAGUCACACAGGACCUUCACUACGAGAACUUCCGUUCUGAGAGGCUGAAGAGAGCUGGCAGAGCCGUGGAGGAAGAAGUAGUGGACAAAGAUCAGAUCCUGAAAGAGAAAGAAGCCGAGCUGAGGCGUAUGCAGCAGAUGAUUGCUCAGAUGCAGGCUCAAAUGAAGAUGAAGUCAGGAGACGACUGAGGAGAACUUGGAGUGUGUGUGUGUGCAUGUGUGUGUGUGUGUGUGCGUGUGCGCGUGCGCUCGUAAGUGUGAUUCCAAUUUAUAAGGGGAAGCGGGAGUUCUGUCCUUUUACACACAGUCAGCUCUUAACCAGCUCUUUGUUUCUGUUUGCCCUGAGUGCGUGAGUCGCCUGGCAGACCUGUUUCGAAGACCAUGAGGUCAUGAGGGUUCAGAAACUUCACUUCUCUGCAAGCGUCGCUUUCUGUGCUCCCCUUAGUUGC